AAUCAGUCAGUUUGUAUACAGCUGUUCAGCAAAUCGGUCGGUUUUUAAAUAUUGUUGAUAUUUGAAUAUUUUAUAAAUAUACAACACACAAGAGUUAUAAGAGGAAUAAAAAAAAGAGAGUAGUAGAGAAGAAAAACAGAUGAACAAUUCGAAGAAAAUUAUUAAAUUGCAAUCAAAUUCAACUCGUUUCCAUACAUGACUUUUUCGAUCGGAUCCAUAAUUAAUUAAUUGAAAAAAAUGUUUUGUCAAUUUUUUUUGUUUAUCGUUUAGUGGAUUUUGAUAUUAAUUUGAAACGAACAUGAAACAGUUACAGUAAACAACAACGAGACUUAUAAACCAUCAAUCUACAUAUAAAAAAGAAGUGUGGACAUUUUUAACAAUAUUAUUAUUACUUUUUACAACACACCGUCAAUCUGGCAAAAAGUUUUAUUUUCGUUCGGAAAUCCAUACAUUGAACCGAUUACGUUUCAUUUUCCGAUAUUAUUGAUUUCUGGUUUUUUUUUUCGUAUCAUAUCUGUUUUAUUUUUUGUUAUUUUUGUUGUUGAUAAAAUUGCACACUCACUAUACUCGGGUUGUCACCAUUUUUGAAGAGUAUUGAUUUUUGCUUAUCCUCCUGGUGAAUGCAAAAAAUAAACCGUAUAGCGAUAUAUAUACAUACAAACAAACAAACAAGAAAUAUAUAAAAAUUGUGCAAAAAUUGCGUACAUUUGUUGUGGUUGUGAUAUAGAAAUAUUAUAUAUAUAAAUCGUCAGUUCGUCAGUUUCGUUUUUUUUAAAAAUUAAUUUUAAUUAAUUUUUUUUUGUUUAAAUCGUCACAUAUAUAUUUACAAUGAACGUAGAUGUCAGCUAUGAAAAUAACUUAAAUAAAAUGAAAAAUAACUUUAAUCAAAUUUUAUAAUAAAAAAAGAAACAACAUUCGGUACCACACAACAUUAUCGUCGUCCAAAUGCUUUAUACAUACAUAUGUUUUUCGCGAGUCAACAAACAGUUUCAUUGAUGUUAUUUUGUAGAAAAACACGUAGCAAUCAACACGUCAAACCGAAAUUCUAUCACAAACUCAAAAUAUAAAUAUAUAUGCAACAAACAAGACGUUUAAACGAAUCAAAAUUUAACAAAAAAAAAAUGUUUUCUAUUUAUCGCUAAUAGUAGCACGAUUUAUAGAGACAGAAUGUGCAUUACAGUAAAAUAAUAAUAAUAAAAAAGAAUUAAAAAGUUUUUAAUGACAAAAUAGAAGCAACCGCAUUAACCUUAAACAAUCAUAAAUAAUUUCUCCACCACACAACAAACAAGAAACCGAAUAUUGUAAUCUAUUAAUGAAACAAUUUUUGAGUUUUAAAUCUAAUGACAUUAAUCAACCAGAAAGUUAAUUAUAUAUUUAACCGAUUUAUAUGCAAGUGACCGAUUUUUCUGUUGUUUUCCGUCGUAUAAAUAAAAUAUUUUCGGUUUUUAAACAAUUAAUUCGAGCCAUAAAUACACAUUUUGGUAAAAUAAACUCCAAAUAAUAAUUUCUCAACGAAAAUCCUUAUGCCACCGAGUUAAUAAUUAAUUAACAGCGUGUUUUUAAUACAACAAAUUUUCAACGUGACAAUUAAUUAACGUGUUUUCUUCAUUAAAUUUAACAGUAAUUAAUCAAUAGCGUAAUCACAUAGUGGACACUUUUAACCCAAAUAUUCCCAAUUGAGGUUUUUUCGCCCGUAUAUGUUGAUAAACACAGAGCAAUUUUACCGAAAACAUUUAAACCGUACAUUAUAAGUAAAGCAAAGGAGAUUUUAAUAAAUUAAACACAAGAAAUUAAUAUAAAAUAUACGAAACAUAAAGUGGUUGCGUUUCGAUAUAAAUAUAAUUCUCUGUCCAGAAUAAAUAAAUUAUUUUCUCUUUUCUUUAAAUCAGAACAGAAUAAAUUUACACUCGAACAAAACAAAAGAACCAGAGUGAAAGAGAAUUGUGUGCUUUAAACAAAUAUAUUUUGUAUUAAAACAAUAAACAAAAAAUUCAAUUUUUUGUUCUUGGGUGAAUUAAAAAAUGGUGCCACAACACUCACAAGACGGUACAAUGUCUCGUGCAGAAUUUGAUUUAUUAACAUCAACCACUACCGCACACAAUAUUGGUGUGACUGGUGGAACGCCACAAUCGUCAUCGAUCGUAUUUGGAUCUCAGCUAGUGGAUAAAAAUUCAAUUACACCAUAUUCUGAUGCUACACAGACAAAAAAGCACAGUCCCGGCCACAUAAAACGUCCAAUGAAUCCAUUCAUGGUCUGGAGUCAAAUACAACGGCGUAUCAUUUGUGAAAAAACUCCCGACAUGCAUAAUGCAGAAAUUUCAAAAAAUCUUGGUGCUAGAUGGAAGGAUUUGACCGAAGUGCAAAAGCAGCCAUUUAUCGAAGAAGCGGAACGUCUACGUAAAUUGCAUUCGUUGGAGUAUCCCGGUUACAAAUACUGUCCCAAAAAGAAACAACCAAAAAGCCAAAAGCGAAUUGCUUCACCAAUAAGUAAAAAGACUGCUGCUAGAAAAUCUGGAAAAAUACCAAAAAAUGAUUCGAACAAUAACAACAGCAACAAUAACAACAGCUUCAGCACUAGCGAUAGUAUUCAACCGGAAAUGGCGAAAUUACGACGUGAAUUGCCAUCAAUGGACAUUGAUAAUUGUUCAAUUCCAACACCAAACUGUCAGAUGCCAUUUUCGGCCAACGAUCUCAUACCAAACUCUCCAGAAAGUGCUAAAUUGUUCGAUGAUAAUUCAAUAUUGUGUUCGUCCGAAUCGAAUGAUCAAAUGUACGUGGACGAAAAAUAUCCCUACAACGUCAUCAUGGACCAACUGCACACCGAAGAAACGUAUAAAAUUCUAACACCCGACGAAAUCUACGAAUUGCCCGGCGACGACAAAACAUUCGGCAAUUUCAAAUUCAAUCAAACCAAAGUGUUUGAUGACUGCACCGAUCGCUUCACCUACAAACCGGACAGCAUCAACGAGAUACUGACCAGUUCCGAUGCAAACUUAAAUUCGGCGAGUAGAACAUACAACAAAAUCAGUACGUUGCAACCGUUUACCAUCAAUAACAACAAAUUUAACGGAACGAAUCUUGCAGAUAUCGAUCAAUUGAAUGAGGUGAUGGUGGAGGAUUUCGGCGGCGACUACUUUCGUAAUGAUCUCAAUAAUUUCGAUGAGACUGCAUCGUCUAGUUCGGGUAGCCAUUUACAAUUUGACUGUACCGAUGAUGUGUUGUCCGACAAUGACAUAGCAUAUUAUUUAAAUAACAUAAAGACCGAGAUUUAACCGAAUUUCGUGGUUUCGUGCGAAAUUGCGGGCGUCGCGGAUAUUAUGUUUAUUUUUAAAUGUUUUUUUUUAUUAAUUGUUUUUUAGUUGUUUUUUAUGAUUAUUAUUAUUCUGAUUAUUUUUUAUUAUUUUUUAAUUUUAAAAUUAGAUUUUAGUUUGUACAGAACCGUGAGCAGAAUUAAGGAUUAAUAAGAGAAGUUGAAGACGAAGAAGAAGAAAAAACAAACAGAAGAAGAAAACAAAAGAGAAAAUGAAGGAGAGAAAAAAAACGAGAAGUAUUUUUGUGAUUAGCAAGAGAGAACAGAAGGGAGAUAAAAACGAUUUUUUUUUGUGAGAAAAUUAAUGGUUUCCAUGAAAUGUUUGUAUAUUGUAUUGUUGACUUUUUUAUUCAGAGAGAGAUAUAUUAUUAUAUUUAAAUAAAAAUAAAAAAUUAAAAAAAAAUAUUUUAAAAAUUAAGAUUUAAAGAAGAUGAAAAAUAAAAAUAUUAAAAACAACAAAAAAAAAACUUGAUGUGCGUGAUGGCAAAACACUAUACACAUAAAUGAGUAUAUAAAACUAUAAAAUACUAUUAAAAUAAAUCGUUUUUAUACAUGACAUGAUUUAAAAGUUAAGUGAAGAAAGAUAAUAAAUAAACAAAACACAAAAAAAAAUUGGAGAAUAAAAAAUAAAACUUGAAGAAAAAAAAUGAAAAGAAUUAAAUAAAAAAAAGAUUAAAAAAUAUCAUCAUGUGUAAUUUAUAAUAUUAACUAUCAAGUAUUUAAUAUUUAAAUAUAAAUAAUUAUUGAUAAAAGUCUUUUGAACCAAGUGUAAAUAUGUAAUUUUAUAUAUAAAACGUGAAUAUAUUCAUCAGUUUUUCGUGUUAAAAAAAUUGAUUUUAUUUUGUUUUUAUAAUUUCACACAUCCACUAUUGGUUAAAUCAACACACCCACGCAUCAUACACAAAAACCUCCUAUAAGCUCCCAUGCAUACACAUCAACUACUACAACAACAAAAAUUUAACGAAAAAAAUUCAAAACAAAAAAGAAACUUAAACUAAACGAUUCUUUUUAUAGUCUGGUCUGUCGUUCUCUUACCAUCGCCUCUACCUCAAAAUAAUUCUUUAUGCUCAUCAUCAUAAUAUGCAAAAUAACUUUAGAUGCCUCUGUGUCAUAAAACAUUGUACACAACUCGAUGCAAAGUACUUUAGUAGGCUCACGAUGUGUAUUAUGACACCUCGGUUGUAUAAAUAACUAUUUUGCCACUCACUGACGAAAUUAAUUUGGGACCCAUCCAAAAGUCAAAAUCGGUAUUCGUUGAAAAAUAUUGGUAAUAUAAAGUAAAAAUAACGAUCAUCCGGCCAAAACAAAUUGAUCGUAAAUUACCAUCCAUUAAUUUCUCACAAAACUUACAUCGGCUUGUCGUUUCUUUAAUACCAUCAUGUCAUCCGCAAAGAUCAUAAGUCCUACAACGGUACAUCCAUUCUUCUGACACACACACCUAUUAAGCAAAUAUAAUGUCAAAUUGAAAAUACUUUCGACGAAAGUAUCGUCGCCUCAUGCAGCCUCCGAAUUGAACAUUUCAUUUGAAGCGUAAUUAAUUUUCUGGCCGAUAUACGGUUGCUAGUGUACCGUCCAAUCUAUAUGUAGUGUACGGAGUGUUUCUCACUAACCAAAAACCAAUAUUUCGCAGAAACCCUUAUCAUCAACGAUGUAUAUUUUGCAGAGCCCCAUUUAUUCUACUUUAUAGGCAUUAAAACGGAGCUCGACCAUACACUCCAUAUCGUUUGUUCAUAUAUGGUUCGAUUAACUCGAAUUUAUAUGUGUAUGUGGAUAGAUAGGAGAGAGAGAAGUGCUCUAGCAAUGUAGACAAAACUGUUGUCGUUAGCAGCACAGGGAAAUAAUACAUAAAUUCGCUUUACGCAAAAUAAACAAUCCAGUCAACUGCACUGCGACCGAAUUUGAAUUCCUAUUUGCAAAUAAAUUGAGGAUUAAAAACGGGGACACACGAAAUGAGAUGAGAAGAUACUCUUAUCAUAACAGACCGGACUAUAAAAUGAAAAUGAAUAAUAAAAAAAAUCCAACGAUUAGACAUCAACCGUAGGGUCGGAACAAAAAUUAUGUUUGUUUAAUAAAUAUUGUGAUAGCUACCUCACUCAUUCAAUCCUAUUUAAGAAUUCAAAUUUUUACAAAUUUAUCGCUUUUUUUCAAUUUAUCAAAGGAUUCAUGAAGUUCUAUGAAAAAAAUGCUCAUCAAUUUGAUUGUGAUGUAUGAUAAAAACAAGAAGAAGAAAAACAAAACAAAGAGAAGAAUUAUUAUGACAGAGUGAAUGAAAGAUUAAAGAAAAGAGAAAAAAUGAGAAAAGGUAAAAUAAGAAAAUAAAAAAGAUUAAAAAUAUUUUAGAACACAUAAAAAAACAACAAAUCAAAUCAAAUCGAAUCUAAUACACGGCAUCCAGAGCUUACACAAUCACGGUGAUGGUUUUUUUUUGUACGUAUUAUCCAAGCUUUAAUCUGAAUCGAAUCAAAGAUCGCGACACAAGAAAUUUUGUCUUGAUUUGCCUCUACGUCAAAGAUCGAUUAUUUUGCUUAAUAAUUUCUCAUGAACAAUUUGUGUAUGUAUGGCUCUCCUGACUCUUUUCUGCAUCGAAGGGAUUUGUCUAUCUCACUUUCUAGUUUAAAAGGACCUUUCCUGAAAGGACUCAUCUACAAAAGUUUUUGUAAAUGAAAACAUUCACCUAAAAAACACUCACAGGCAUUCAAGAUGCACCAAAUCUCAUCAAAAUCAUUGGCUAUAUUUUCAAAAAAAUGAGAAAAAUGAUGAAUGUAAGUAUAACUUUUUGGAUAUGAUUACAAGACUAUUAAAGUCUUACCAAGGUUAGGACAGAACAUAAUAACCUGUAGCAUGAGAUAGAGUACCGGAGAUAAUUCCUCUUUUAGCUAACGUUAUUGUGAAUCGAUCUGAUAAUUGCAAUUGAACUUUGUACAAUACAACCUUCUCCUGUCCCAAUUAAUGUGUCAUAUAUGGAACGUAAUCUGAUUUUUUUUAAUUGGCUUAUAAACUUUGUUGACAACAUCAAAGAAUCAAAUAUGAACGAAAAUAGGAAAUUUAACUUUCAUCAUCAAAAUGGGAAAAGUCAGAAUCUAUUCCACUGUAGCAAUUUAGACUUUGUGUGUAUGUGUAGGUGUGUCAUACAAUGUAUGCAUUCCCGAUAAUAACGCUUGAAAAAUAAACUCUUUCACGUAUAAUUGAUUGGGAAAAUCAUUAUGCAAUUUCAAUUCACAGAAAAUACUAUAACAUGCCACAAAAACGAUCAUUUGAUUGAUUGCAUAGAUUGUGUAGACUGGAGUAUACCGCUACGUGUUUCAUUAAAAUAAAUGCUGGAUCCCUUUAUUGUCAUGAAAGUGAACGAGGGAAAUCGGUGAAAUAUCCCGGUUUUAAGGAGAUUCAUCUCAAUUACCAGAAAGUGUUCGUAUUGAAAGUUGCUCGUUCGAAAAUUACUUCUCGUUGACAUCGUAUCCAAAUUACAGUUUUCCAAUGAGGACAAUCCAUUCGAAACGGCUCGACGAAUUAGAUUACACGUGAUCAUCAUUCACAUUGAUUCCUGUAUUUGACAUAAUGAUGAUGAGUUAUAUGUGUAGCCGAGUAUCUAUUUUAUGGAAUUUUAUGUAAUUAAAAUAAAAAAUCCGGCUCUCUGCGGAGAUAUGAAAAGUCUAUAAAGGGCGACCAACGUCAGCAACGUUAUUUUUAGGAGCGAAAUUUCUAAACAAAAUGUUCUCAACAAAAUUAGCUUUAUUUAGCAUGUGACAAGAAAAAAAAAUAAAGAGCUUAACUGUAUCGAUUUUGUAUUAAUGUCGAGUCGAUAUACCUUUCGUAUAUCAGCGGUAUAUUAUGAUGAUUUCAUAUUAAACGAACAGAAUGACAACAAUUUCGUUCGUUGUAUUAUGGUUGAAACCGUUUAUGGUUUUGAUAAACUGAUAAUGACGAUACGGACGCCUUAGGCUGUUGAUCACACCUACAUACAUUUUCGCUUGACCUUUAAUAAAGGCGUCAGUAUGGUUAAAGAAUCUUUUUGUCUGAGAUAUACCAAAUCUUGUACUUCUUUAGUUUUACUAAUAAGUAGCCAGUAGCUCAUUAGCACAUUAAUAUUGAAAUUAUAGCACGGCUUUACCACCUCUUAUUAACAGUGAUUCGCUCUGUCAUGUAACAAAAAGCGCACGUUUGUUCUGACUAUUGAAGUAAAAGAUUUUGCAUCAAUUUGAAAUCUGUUCAAGAUUAUAUUUAAUGUCUCUAAAAUGUUGAGCGCAACACCUGAAGCUGACAGCAACGACAAAAUUAAGCGAUGACCUAGGUCUAUGUGGCUUUAUAUAGUAAAAUAGUUGAUUGAACAAAUGAAGUAAAAUAUUUCGCAGGGCUAAAUAAAGUUUUUCUGUCUAGUAACUUACGAUUCUAUUAGGUAAAUGAUAAAUCAGCGUUUGACUCAGAUGGUUACAUAGGGUUUCUACAAUAAAUCGAUCAUGGUGGAAAAUUAUGUUUAAUAGGUUGCAACUUGCAAUUACUGAAACACUAGUGACGGUUUGCAAGUAAAGCGGAAUAAAUGUGUACAGUUAGUUCAAAUAAUUGCACCGUAAUUUGCAUGACUGUGGAGUGAGUGCCUUGUCACCGCAUACAACUCAAUAACUAAUCAAAUUCGUUUUUUUUAAAUGAGUCUUUUCAUUAAGUAAAAUAAUCGAACUGACGUUCAUCGAGUAUCAAAGGAUAUUCCUUUCUCUUACGUUUUUUUUUAUUUAAACAAAAUUAAGUCAAAAAUUUCAAAAUUUUUCUUUGAUAUAUCAAAGAACCAUCAAGAUCAAUUUGCAUUAUUACGUUUAGAUUUCAAAAUACAUUUUUUUCCUUUUGUUUUGGGUAGUCAUGUUGCAGUGUGACUUCAUUUUUAUGUUUUGCUUUUUUUCUUUCCAUUUUAUUUAAAUUUAAAAAAAAAUUACCUGACCGAACACCUUGCUUGUUUAAUCACGAUGAGAUCAAGAUUAUUAGAUUAACCAAAGAAAACAACAACAACAAACAAAGUAAAUAAGCGAAUGAUGGAUGGAGGUAUUCAGAGAUGUCUGUACUGUAUGUGUAAUUGUAUAUUAUAAUACUAAUUCUCUUUUUCGAAAAAAAAAAAACAAUUUAUAAUUUUUGAAGUUAUGCAUCGACAAAAUUCCUUGAAUUUUCAGCAAGAAAACAAUAGAAAAAAAUAAUCUUUGACAACAAGUAAACAAAGAUUUAGAUUUUGGUAAAUGUUAAAAAAAUGAAAAUAAAAAAAAUAAAAAAAUAAAAUAUUCAGGUAUCGAAACAGGCUGUGAAAAUGAAACUCUAAUUAAUUUCUUAAUUUCAAGAUAAAAAACUACUUUAAACUUCAAUUAAAUUUCAAUUAAUUUUCCACAUUAUUACAAAGACAGUCAAAUAUGCAGUCAAGCAAAAUAAUAAAAAAAGGAAAAAAUCGAACAAAAUUAAUACACAAGAUGGGGUUUGGCUUUGUUUCAUGAAAUCUUACUCGUUAUACGUGUUGUGUUUGGUAAAAAAAAAUAAUAUUUUUUUUCUGUAUUCCCAAAGGGAUUAAUUAAAACAAUACACCACCAUCAAUAUGUCCCGGUUUCAGUACACAUGUUAUGCGUAUUAUUAAUGAAAAAAAAAAAAUAUUAUUUUUCACACACAUAAGCAAAAUUAUGAAAUCAUUUUUUUCAUUUGAUGCGUUGGAUUCGACGGUUGAAUUCCGUGAACAGAAUUCAUUAUUUAAAUAUUUUUUCGGGUAACGAUAACAUAAACCAUAUUUUCUAAAAAAAAAGUAAAAAAAUAUGUAAAACGAAAAUAUAUUACAUUUGCAUUCAAAUACAAUCGCUUUAAAUGUGUAGAUGAACCAUUUUAAUAAAACUUCAAACAUAUUUAUUAACAAGAAGAAAAAAAAGGAAACCUUAAAUGUCUAUAUAAAGAAACCGAACAGAUUUGUAGUUUUUUAAGUAAAUUUUAAACGAAAAUAUCUGCGAAGACCGCAUAAAUAACAAAAAAAAACAGUCAAGAAAAAGAAACAUUAUGGGGCAACGAAACUGUAAAGUUUUUUUUUUCUGUUUUUACAAGAAAAAAUCUGAUAUAAAAAGCAUAAUAUUUGAUGUGAAUAUUACCGUAUAGGUCGAACUAUGAAUGCUAAAGCAUAAUUUCAUGUGUUAAUAGAUGGAUAACUUUUUCUUUAAAUUGCAGUAACACGUCGUCGUAAUAUAUUAUAGAUGUUGUGUUGCAAAACGUUCCCUGCACUUUGACCCAUUCAUCGUAAUUAUAAAAAUUAUGCUCAAAUCAAUUGAAUCGCAUUGUUAAAACAAUGAAUCUUCUU